AUGGCUGGCGACGCAAAGCCGGCGGCCGUCCGGCCAAGCGUUGCGCGGGCUGGACAGCACGCGCUGUUGGGGGCGUCCGCUGCGGUGCACCUACCCAAACGACGGUCACGAUCCGGUGUCCGCGUGAGAUGCGAUGCUCAGGGCAGUGCAUGUGCUCCCGACCGGCGACGCCUCCUGCUCUGCGGCCUGCCGUCGCUGUGUCUGUGGGGGGCCGCCUCUGCCGCGACGGCCGUCGAGCUGGCGCCGUUGGGGAAAGUGGAGAGGUUGGGCGGGGAAAAGAGGAACGGCAUCUCCAUAGAGGAGCUCAAAGACGUGCUGGCAGCCGACCUGGGCGAGAGGCAGUACUUUGUGACGGGGAACUUGACGCCAGAGGUGUUCGCAGACGAUUGCAGAUUCACUGACCCCACCAAUGAUACCGUCGGUCUGAACAGAUACGUCAAGGCUCUUGAUCUACUGUUCGAUGACAAGAGGUCUUCUGUGACGCUGAAGAGCAUAAAGGUGUCGAGUCCCACGACAAUCGAGGCACAGUUCACACUGGCAGGGUACCUGAAAUUCCCUUGGAAUCCCCGAAUACCGCCCGUCGAUGGCACGGUUACGUACACCACCAACGAGAAUGGCAUCAUCAAGCUUCAAGACCAGGUGUGGAGCAUCUCGAGCCUGGACGCCAUUGCCCAGUCCUUUACGCCAACUGCGGGAACGCAGUAA